AUGAAGUAUCGUAAUGUCUACUCCAUAUGCUGUCAUUCGGGAGUCUUUCGAGGUUGCAGCUCAAAGACAAAAUCAACGUAAGCAGGGCUGUUUUACAUCAGUGGUUUAGUUCUCUGAAUUUUGGAUGCACAGCCCGUUUUACCGCUAUAGUGAUUGAAGUGGAACUGCACGUAAAAACGCUCAAUUUGCGCCACAAUCACGUAUGCAGUAGGCAGAUGGCCUUUGCCUACCCCCAUAUUGCGGCGGUUGGCGGUACAAGACGAAAAAAAUCUGCUGCUGUUGAUGCAGCAAAUGCGCUUAUCAGCGAGACGGCUGAAGGUAUGCCUGAAAAGUAAGAUUAAUUUCUCUAAACGUAGUCAUACAUUGCUAUGGUCCUAACUACAAAAGGAAAGACCUAGUCAACAAGCGCCGUCGGCUGUUUUGGAAUGAUCCAACUGUAAAUGGGAUGAAAAAUGCCCUGUCCUCCAUGAGAGGUGGCUGCGACCCCGAUUUUCUUUAUGAUGACUUGCGGGCCGUGUGUUCUAUGAAACCGGUUCUGCGGGCCGCCUGCUUUACGACGCCGGCUCCGCGGACGACGUACUCUGAGUAUCCAGAUGUUGUCGGAAUGGACGCCGCAUACCGGAACAAUAGUAUGGUCAGUCGCAAAAUUAUUCAACCGUCUCAUUCGCUGUGGUCUUCACCGAUAGUGCUCGUGCGGAUGAAGGAUGAUGCCUUUGUGUUGAUUAUAGAAAACGGAAUGCUGUGACGAAAUAGGACUCGUUUCCCUUGCACCGGAUCGAUGCUACCUUGGACACACUUGCAGGCAAUACCGUCUUUUCCACCCUCCAUCUAUAUUCGGGCCUAUGGCAAGUGGAGGUUAAAUCCACUGAUGGAGAGAAUACCGCGUUUGCUGUACUGUCUGGUCUCUACGAGUUCGAGACGAUUCCGUUUGGACUAGCUAAUUACCCUAGUACCUUCUACAGGCUUUUGAAUCAGGUACUUUCUCAGCUGAUUGCGAACUCUUGUCUGGUUUACAUGUACGAUAUCAUUGUCCUUGGAAAGGACUUCGAGAACCAUCUAGCCAACCUGCGACCCGAAUUCCUCAGUCUCAGGCAAGCCGGUCUAACUCUUAAACCCUCAAAUCGCGUCUUCACUAGACCGCGCGUUAAAUUCUUAGGACUUGUAGUUUCAGCCAAUGGAGUAGAAAUUGAUGUCGACAAAGUCAGACAGAUCCGCGAAUGGCCGACCCCUUCGGAUGUGACUGAGGUUCGCAGGUUUAUAGGCUUGGCGUUGUGGUGUCGACGCUUGAUAAAAGACUAUGCCAACAAUGCCGCCCCUCUUCACCGCCUGACUCAGAAAGAGAAAAAGUUCUAG